GCAUCGAAACCCCUAUAAAGGGAUACACUUAAAAUACCGAAGUUCAAAAAGCCGGCCCAUCAAAAUACCGACAAAAUUCAAAUAUGCAGCUAAAUCAAAAUACCGACAAACCAAAAUGCCGACAUAUCCAAAAUAUUUUAUCGCGUCCGUAUUUUCACUUUGUGAGGCGAGCCCUCAUUUCUGCCGAAGGACAGAAAGAGAAUUCUUUUGAUUAAGGGUUAUGAGCGUGUUCGUGGCCGGAUGCCGAAAGCCGCCGGUCCUCGAACCUAACACGCCACCUUUCAUAAAAUAUAACUUUUUUUAGUUUUUAGUUAGGUUAGGCUAGAUGAGGUUAAACUUAUAGGCAAUAAGCCACGCAUAGACCAGUUUUGGUCCUUGCGAUACCAGCUGGAGAUCAGUUCCUUGGUUCAUGAGAUGUAGACAUCCUUUAGGAUUUGUUUUUAAUUACUCAACUAAAAUUCAGAAAUUAAAUAUUCGGUUAGUGGUGUUUUCCACUUUGGGAUCUAGGAAUCAUAUUAACCCUUUCUUUUUAAGAGUACAUAGUACCUUAUUUUAAAAUUUCUCUUGUCCAUGUCCAGUUGUCUCUGACGGUCUGUAUAUACCGAACUAAUUUCUAAGUUUUUGUGAUAUCGAUCACCUCACCAAGAAGCUGCUCAUUUAUCGGAACACCCAAAAUCGGACAUGUACAACACAUAGCUACCGUAAAAACUGACCGAUCAAACUCAAGUCCUUGCAUGGAACAUAUUCAAAUGGACGAGAUAUCAACACAAAAUUUAAUUCAAGGAAAAGCGACAUUCUCUGAACACAUUGUUCAGCUCAGACCACUGCAGCAUAUAGCUGUCUUUCAAACUGACCGAUCAAAAUCAAGAUUAAGAACUUUAUGCUAUAAAAACGCACGUGUGAAGGGUAUUUUGUUUGAUUAUACUUUCACUUCAAUUUGAAAGGUAUUCCGACCGGCGUACCUUCAACGUAGAGCCAAUGAGCUGCCGCAAAGAAUUUACGCAUAUCUGCACUUUAUCGCCAUGAGAGCAUCAGGGCUUGUUAAAAUUUAAUUAAAAAAGCCCAAUUAAAGUGAAAGCCUGUUGGAGAUUACAGAUCUGUCACGUUUCAAUUAAGUUAAAAGCACAGAGGCCUACAACAACAACACCAGUUGUGUGUAUUAAGUUGCAAUUAAUAUUUGCAGGCAAUCGGCGAGCGCCACGCCAUUCCCCAAAGGCACUAACAACAAUUGGCAACGUGUUUAACAUGUGUAAUGCUGAAAACUGAUCUGUAAUCUCAGUUAAACUUCGAAAAAAACUAAAAAAUGCAAUAACAAUUUAGACACGUUCGUUGCCUGUCCAGCCAUUCAACAGCUUUGGCGACGCUGUUGCUUCUUUUUGUGGUAGGCAUAUAGCACGUCCGUGCAUUUGCUGCUUAAAGUCACCAAAUGUUGCUUUGCACUUUACUCGUCAUAUUUCCCUUGCUUUCUGCUUUCUGCUUUUAUUUUUUGUUUUGGUUUAUAAUCGAAAACGUCUCGGCAAAUAGCUAUCCACCAUCAAUCACAGCCACGAAAAACUCUCACUUACGCAUGCGCGCGCAUUCCGCUUACGCUCGACUCAUUUGAAUGAAUGCAAUAUGCCGCUAAACGCUUACCCACUGGCCAUUUGCGUGCGUUGCGUACCGAAGUGGUAACGCGAAUUUCACUGCGGCGCUUAAGCGAAGCUUCCGUUUCUGUUUUGUUUGGCAAAUUGCAUAAGAAAGAAGAAGAAGACAUACAUAAAUAGUUAGCAUUAAGACGAGCUUUGUCGCUAGUUUUCGAUACAUAGCUACCCUGACGAUUGUUCCAACCUACCUUACACAUUCGAAAAACUAAUUUUUAAACUUUAGAUUUGGUCUUAAAAAGGGUAUAAGUUAGUCCGUGGGGACUUUUGAUCACAUAUCAGCCCUUGAAAAUCACUUUACCCACAUAAGUAACUGAUACGAUCCUUUCUUUCACUGUCACUACCAGCUGGGAAAAGUUACUUCUGAUCCACGUUCGCUGGCAACAGUCUUAAGUCGGAGGAACUACCAUUGUCUGCAUUUCUUAAAGAUUAUCCGAAGGUUUGCAGUUCAUAAUAGCGUUCAAAUCGUUUCUUCUUUCUCUCAAACACUUCAAGAACCAGUUCGUCGAGUUAACCAUCGUUCCCACUCCUAAACAAUAUUGAUAUUGGGGUACGCUUUAAGAUAAAGAAAGAACUAUCAAUUGUCAAGACUAGACUCCUUUACAUUCAGACUCCUGCAGUUUUACCAAAUUUAGUAAGACAAAAUGUUAUCAUUGUCACUUGAGCUCUUAUAAAAGAUUAACUUACGCAGACUUGAACUUUUUUAGAGACUCGAAGUUUUUCAUACAUACGAAGAACCUGCAGAAAAAAUAUCAACAAUGCAUUAAGCUUCGCGAUUAUUGGUCUUUUUUGUUCGAAUGCAAACCUAACCUUCUAUUCACUUGAAAAAAAGAGGGCUCAAUCUUCCUCAAACCAAGACAUAUGUAAUCAUGCCUUAAGACACUUUUUUCUAUAUCCACUCUAAGAAACCAAGGUCUCAAUCCUCCAUCAAACACUUUUUCACUAUUCACUCUAAGAAAUUGAGGUCUCAAUCUUCCCUCAAGACGCUGUUUUCACUAUUCACUCGAAGUUAUCGCGGUCUUCAUCAGAUUGCGAAUGCCAGGAAUCGCAUAGGAAUAACAUAAACCUCAAAUUGAGUAACCAUCGCAUGGCUUCUUUUAGUAAAUUAUAUCGAGGAAGGCCUGGUGUGUCAAAAGAUGGAUACAGUCUUAUAGUAUUCCGAAAAUAAAGCAUAGUUACAUAGCUUUAAGUGAAUCAAUUGUGAUAAUAAAAAGAAAUUAAGUAGAAUAGCAUAAAAUGUGUACAACAACGACGCAACAAUGUACAACAGUCGUUCCGAGCUUCCUCAGGACCAUUUCGAUUAUAGUUAUAUUUUCACUAGUCAACUGCCAUGCCAAGUCAUUUCUCAAUCAACUCACGGCGGUGCCAACGACGACAACCCCAGCGCCGAGCACCACACCCGCGCCAACAAUGCGUGAUAUAGUAAUUGGACCCUGUCGUUGGGUGAUCGGACGCAAAUGCCCCGAUAAAGAUGUGCGCUUCUACUUGUACACUCGGCGCAAUCCACAGCAGCCUCAGUACUUGAACAUCGACGAAACAUUCGAUAAGUCCAAUUUGACCAACUCGAACUUUAAUCCGCGUUAUCAGACAAAGAUCAUCAUACACGGCUACAAUGCGGAUAUGUAUAUGAACACCUUGCAGCGCAUGAAAUAUGAAUAUUUAAUGCGCGGUGAGUAUAACGUCAUCUUUGUGGAUUGGGCUGUGCUGGCGCCCGGUCCAUGUUACGUCAACGUCGCACAUAAUAUCAAGCAUGUGGGUGCAUGUGUAGCCCAACUUGUGGAACGUAUUUUGGAGACGGGCACCACCGAUAUGCAUGUCAUCGGCUUCUCGCUGGGCGCACAGUUGACGAAUUAUGUUGCGCGAAAUUUGGGCUCGUUUCAAUUGCCGAGAAUAACAGGUCUCGAUCCGGCCAUGCCUUUUUUCAUCACCUCCGGCAUCGAUGACAAAUUGGACCCCACUGACGCUGCUUUCGUCGACGUAAUACAUACGAAUGCCUUUGUCCAGGGCAAAAUAGAGCGCUGUGGACAUGCGGACUUCUAUAUGAAUGGCGGCAUACUACAGCCCGGUUGCAAUAAGGAAAACACAAAUCCAUUUGCCUGCAGCCAUCAGCGCGCUGUCGAAUAUUUUUCGGAAUCGAUACGUUCACGUAAAGGUUUCUGGGGUUGGGCUUGCAGCUCGUAUAUCUCAUAUUUGCUCAACAUGUGUCCGCCUACGAAUUAUCUACUCGAAGCGGGCGAAGAUAUAAAGCUCAGCACAAAGGGCAUGUUUCUAGCCGAGACUAAUGAUACAGCGCCGUACGCCUUAGGCAAGUGGACCGACUUACCGACAUUGGGUAAACAAAAGCCUACCAUUAACAAUGGGCGCAUCACAAUAACGUUGCCACAACCGUCGGGCUUCCGUGAUCCCUUGUUGCAGCAAGUGGAUCAAUGGAAUAAAUUGGACUCACAUUUCAAUGGCAUUGAACCCGAACCGACGCCGUUUUCACAAGAUCCCAACGGCGAAAAUUGGACUUACUUUAGUGGCGUUGGCACUGGUGACAUAACCGAUACUUCGAAGACCGGUAACGAGCUUGCCGGCUCGGUGGAAGAGCAAAGUUCGGAGGAUGUGCAGAAAGUGCAUGAAACGCAAAUUGAAUGGCUGGAAUAUCGACGAAAUCUGACCAAUGGCCAUAUAGAAAAUAGUAUUUUUAAAGUGCCUCAUAUUGAAGGUGCAGAGUUGAGUAGCAAGAAGCUAAGCAGACAGCCACGUGGAAAUGAAAUAAACUGAUAAGUUAUAAAAGUGAUUAAAUAUUUAAAAAUAUAAAUUAUUUGAAAACAGUA